UAGAGACAGGAGCUACCGUGGCAGCUAAUUCUUUGGUUUUGUGGAAGCCACAAGAGCUGCUGUAGCAGUGAAGACUUGUGUUGUCCCACACAGUUCUGCAGUGGAAGCUGGAUCAGUUUUCCAGUCUUACAACACACAACACCUAAGGAACAUAAACAUCUUGAAGUUCAGAAGCCUUUACUGAUAUACUUCUCCUUGAUUCGGAACACUUUCAGUAUUAAAACUCACACGCAUAACAACAAUGUCCAAGUGCAGACUAACCGGCGAUACCAAGGUGGAAAAUAAUGGGUACUGUAAUAGAGCUUUUUAUGAGGAGGAAAUGAGUGAAAGUGUUCAGCGAGAUGAAGACACUUGCAUUGAGAUGGAAUAUCUGGAAGGAAAAGGCAUCACCUCGCCAGAAUUCGACGCUACUGUUUCUGAUUUUCGUAAUAGACCACAAUGCGAGAACACUGUCAUUUACACUGUCUGGAAUGGUGUCUACAAAGGAGAAUCAGAUGCUAAAAAGAGGGAAAAUGAAAAUCACAAGGAAAGUGUCAUUAAUGCAAAAGAAGAGGGCCAAAAGCAGCAUCAGAUUUCUCCGGAAACGGAUCAUCACCCAGGAGCCCCAAUUUCCGAGAAGCCUCCAGGUCCUCCGAGACCCGCAGCGUCGAACAUCGCGAAAUUCGACAGUGAAAAAGACAAUUGUACUAAUGGUGAAGAUAAAGAAGUGCCAGACGGAGGCUGGGGCUACGUGGUCACCGCUGGAUGUUUCAUCAAUAUGAAUAUUGCAAACAUCUAUGGUCCUUGUUUUGGCGUUCUCUUCUCCUCAUUUUUGCUGGACUUGGAAACAUCGUCAACCACAAUCACGUGGAUCUAUAAUAUACAAAGCUUCAUAUUUAGCUUGGCCGCUCUGUUCUUAGCACCGUUGGUGGAUCACUUCGGGUGGAGGCGGGUGGCAGUCACAGGCGGAGUCCUCUGUAGUGCUGGCUUGAUAACCUCUGCCUUCGCAACCUCAGCUUGGUUCCUCGUACUCUCAUAUUCUACAUUGGGAGCUAUUGGUAAUAGUGCGACAACUGUAAUACCUUACAUAGUCUUGCCAAAUUAUUUCAAACGGCGUCGUGGUCGAGCCAACGCCUUCAUGAUUGGGGGAAUUUGCACGGGGCAGAUGCUUGGGCCGCCCUUGGUUACGUACCUGCAGGAGAAGUAUGGGUUCAAGGGCGCCACUCUCAUCAUUGCCGCUAUCAUGCUGAAUGCCUGUGCAGCCUCCGCCGUGUUCCAUCCAGUAGAGUGGCACACCGAGAACCCUGGUAAACUUAGUAAGUUUAGUAAUAAGAGGUCAUCAAGCCGUAACCAAGAGUUUGGUGUCAGUGUGACUCUUGUAAAUAUAAUCUAUUCUACUGGUAGAAAUUUCAAGAUUCUCCAAUCAAUGAGAACUGUUAUCUUCGCCGUAGGAAACUGCUUUCUCCUUAGCAGUUACCUAAACUUCUUCAUGCUGAUUCCGUUCGUGAUGGAGGCUGGAGGGUUCACGCAGGAGGAAGCAUCCUGGUGUAUGUCUGUGUCUGCAUUGUCCAACCUGGCGACGCGUCUGCUUGUGUCCUCUCUGGCGGACUGGUCCUGGUUCAGCAUGCGUGGCUGCUUCAUGACCGGCAUCUUUGUCGUUGCCGUCUCCACCGCCGCGUUCAGCAUGGUGCUGGGCGUGUGGAUGGCGUGCCUGGUACUGGCGGUGUGGGGGUGUGGUGUAGGCGCAUUCUGGGGCGUGAUAAAUAUGCUGACGGUGGACUAUGUGGGUCUCGACAACCUCCUGCUGUUCUCGUCUGUGUCCAGCCUCAUCAACUGCGUCUGGUUGCUGGUGUUUAGUCCUCUCUUCGGUCUGAUUCUAGACAAGAGUGGCAGCUACACUGUGAGUCUCAGUGUUCUGGGAGCCGUGAUGGGUCUCACCUUCGUCUGCUGGCUCUUCAUGCCUGCUGCAGUUGCUUACGACAUGCGCAAGGAGGUUGAGCAGCAGCAACAGCUUCAGCAAACAGCAGUGGAAUUAGAGCCAGUAGCAGUAGAAUGACAA